AUGGGGGCGCCCGCCGCUGCCCCCGCACCAUCCGCACAGGAGCCGAGCCCCGGCGUGCGGCCCGUGAAGCACGUCGUGUUCGACUUCGAUGGCCUCGUGCUGGACACGGAGGGGCUGAUCAUGGGCGUCGCGAAGGAGGUCUGCGAGGGCCACGGGAGGCCCCUCAGGCGCUCGGUGAGCAGCAAGGCCCUGGGCAUGCGGCCCGUGGAGGCCUGGCAGACCGUCGCGGACAGCCUGGGCAUCGAAGCGACCGGCGAGCAGCUCUUCACCGAGAGCGAGGCUCUUCUCAAGAACAAGUGGCACGAGGCGCGCAUGAUGCCCGGCGCCGAGCGGCUCCUGCAGCACCUCUCUCGCCACAACGUCCCCCUCGGCCUGGCCACCAGCAGCCUCUCCACCACCUUUGUCAACAAGAUCGCCGGCCGCGACCACCUCCUCGACCUGUUCGACGCCAAGGUGUUCGGCGACGAGGUCGACAAGGGCAAGCCGCACCCGGACAUCUUCCUCGAGUGCGCGCGCCGCCUGGGCGCAGACCCCGCAGAGUGCCUCGUGAUCGAGGACUCCCCGAACGGCCUCGAGGCGGCGCGGGCCGCGGGGAUGCGUUCGAUCGCGGUGCCGUCGCUGACGGACCGCGACCAGUACCCGGCCGCGGACCUGGCGGCGCCCGCGGGGUGCUGCGAGGUGCUGCCGUCGCUGCUCGACAUGCGCCCGGAGGUGUACGGGCUCCCGAGGUUCACGGACCAGGUGUGCGGGUGCGUGCCGCUGGACCACCCGUGGCGCAUCAAGGGCCCCGUCGUGCGCGGGUUCGGCCGCGGAAGCAAGCUCCUGGGCAUCCCCACCGCGAAUCUGUGCCCCGAGAGCCUCGAGAACCAGCUCGCGGAGGCCGUCUCCGGCAUCUACAUCGGCUUCUGCUCCCUCGGCGACCGUCCGGAGGUGUAUGAGUUUGCGAUGAGUGUGGGGUGGAACCCGGUGUUCAAGAACAAGCAGCGGACCGCGGAGCCGUGGAUUUUGCACGAGUUCGCGGAGGACUUUUACGGCGAGGAGCUGCGGCUCGUGACCGUUGCGUACAUCCGGCCGGAGUGCGACUUCCCGGGCCUCGACGCGCUCAAGGAGCGCAUCCACGAGGACGGCCGCAUCGCACGCGCCGCGCUGGCGCAGCCGCCGCUCGCCGCUCUGCGCGAGGACCCCUUCCUGAGGCCAGCGAGCCCUUGA